UGGUAGCGGCGUCCGGGUGGGCCGGGCCUCGAAGCUCCUGGCCCUGUGGGGCCGCGUUUACGGAGGAGUUUACCUCCUGUCGGGCAUGAGCGGGGCUUCCCGCCGCUCUUCGCGCCGCUGCCGCAGCUUGCGGACGGUGGGCCACCUCAGGGAACAUGCCCCAGGCUACCUACUGCUACGUGCGGGUCGUGGGCCGGGGCAGUUACGGGGAGGUGACGCUCGUGAAGCAUCGGCGCGACGGCAAGCAGUAUGUCAUCAAAACACUGAACCUCCGAAAUGCCUCCAGCCGCGAGCGCCGAGCUGCGGAGCAGGAAGCUCAGCUCUUGUCUCAGCUGAAGCACCCCAACAUCGUCACCUACAAAGAGUCGUGGGAGGGAGGAGAUGGUCUGCUGUACAUCGUCAUGGGCUUCUGUGAAGGAGGUGAUCUGUACCGGAAGCUCAAGGAGCAGAAAGGACAGCUUCUGCCUGAGAGUCAGGUGGUGGAGUGGUUUGUACAGAUCGCCAUGGCUUUGCAGUAUUUACACGAGAAACACAUCCUUCAUCGAGAUCUGAAAACUCAGAAUGUAUUCUUAACAAGAACAAACAUCAUCAAGGUGGGCGACCUGGGCAUUGCCCGAGUGCUGGAGCACCACAGUGACAUGGCAAGCACCCUCAUUGGCACUCCCUAUUAUAUGAGCCCUGAGUUGUUCUCAAACCAACCCUACAACUAUAAGUCUGAUGUUUGGGCUUUGGGAUGCUGUGUCUAUGAAAUGGCCACCCUGAAGCACGCCUUUAAUGCAAAAGACAUGAAUUCCUUAGUUUAUCGGAUUAUUGAAGGAAAGUUGCCACCAAUGCCAAAAGUUUAUAGCUCAGAGCUGGCAGAGCUGAUCCGAACAAUGCUGAGCAGGAGACCUGAAGAGAGACCCUCUGUGCGGAGCAUCCUGAGGCAGCCUUAUAUAAAACACCAAAUAUCCUUAUUUUUGGAGGCCACAAAGGCAAAAACUUCCAAAAAUAAUGUUAAAAACUGUGACUCCAGAGCCAAGCCUGUAGCUGCUGUAGUUUCCAGAAGGGAAGAACCGGAUCAUGAAGUGAUGCACGCCCAGCCCUGCUCUUCUGAGGGCUCCACUGCACACGCCAUGGGUGAAGAUAAGUGUUUGUCCCAAGAGAAACCAGUGGCCGUUGAUCCCUUGAAAUCACCUGCUAGCCUCAAAGGCCACACUGGCAAACCCAUCAUGAACAAUACGGCAGAGUCAUUUGCUACAAUCAGUAGAAUAAAUAUCGAUAUCUUGCCUGCAGAAAGGAGGAACUCAGCAAAUGAUGACAUAGUUCAGGAGACUCAACCAAGACAGUCGGAUGCCUCUGAUGAAGUAGACAGUCAAUUCAGUAUUUCUCAAGACAGGAAGGAGAGAUUCCGGGGUGAUACCAACUCCAGUGAUCAGCCUGACAGUCUGCUUCCCAGACGGUCCUCUGAUGAUUGUGAUGGGGAAGGGAAUGAACUGGUGGUGAAGGACCAAAAGCCAGACCAGGAUCAAGUUACUGGUGGAUGUAUGAUAGAAAAACAGGACAGCAUCCCCCCAAGAUUCCAGCCACACAGCUCUGUGUCUGAACCUUCUGUAUCUGGACAGCGAAGGCAGAAAAAAAGAGAACAGACUGACCAUGAUCAGGCAAAGAGCCAGUUCCAGGAAUCACCCCCUUGGCUUUUGCCUUCUCCCCCUCCUGUUGGAAAAGUGGAUAUUGUGUCAGCACAACUAAAGGAUAGAAACCAAAGUCAGCCUGUGGCCAGCUCUGUAGACAGUUCAAGGGUCAGUUCAUCGUUGUCGUCCAAGGGUCGGCCGCUAUCAGCCAGAGAGAGGCGGCGACUAAAGCAGUCACAGGAAGAUGCACUCCCCUCAGGCCCUUCAGUCCGGAGAACUCACAGUGCAGCGGAGCCAGUGAAACCACAAGAAGACGACCAGCCUACCCCUGUCCGACGAUUCUCUUCUGACUGCAACAUCCCUCAGGAAAAGAGACUGACACAUGGUCUGUCUGAGGAUGAGUUAAGUUCCUCUACAAGCUCAACUGACAAAUCAGAUGGGGAUUCCAGGGAUGGGAAAAGUCAUACGAAUGAAAUGAGUGACUUGGUACAGCUGAUGACUCAGACUCUUAAGCUGGAUUCUAAAGAGAGCUGUGAAGAUCUCCCGGUGCUAAACCCAGUGCCAGAAUUCAGACUUCAUGGGAAGUAUCGUGACACGCUGGUACUUCACGGCAAAGUUGCAGAAGACGCGGAGCUUCACUGCAAAGAGCUGCCUUCAGCUGUCAUACCAGGUUCUGAGAAGAUCAGGAGAAUAGUUGAAGUCUUGAGAGCUGAUGUAAUCCAGGGUCUGGGGAUUCAGCUUCUAGAGCAGGUGUAUGACCUUUUGGAGGAGGAGGAAGAUGAAUUGGAGAGAGAGGCACGAUUACGGGAGCACAUGGGCGACAAGUAUACAACUUACAGUGUGAAAGCUCGCCAGUUGAAGUUUUUUGAAGAAAAUGUGAAUUUUUGAGAUUUGUUUUAAUGUGCUGCCAGAACUAAAGACUAUUUUCAAAGGUUUUUCAUCUAAACAACAACAGGCCGUUUCAGUUAUUCAGAGGCUGCUCACUCACUGUCUUCAGUGUCUCUUUGGGGCUUCUUACUAUGACUCAUGGGAUGGAGUGGACCCAUGUGAGACAAGUUCAGAGGGAAACAAACGGGAUAGCAUUGUGUUUGUUUGUUACUAUUUACUGAGCCUUAAGCCAACAUUAUACCUAGCUUAUUUUUUUAAGAUAUUAACUAGCUUGAAAUGGGGCCAGAAAACAUUGGAUUAUAUUGUACUACAGUGAGAAAAAACAACUGACAUCUCGUAAUAUGUGGUAUUGUUUAUAAUCUUAGAGAGUAGUGAUGUUUAUUCUCUAAUGUCAACUUAGUAUACUAUUCUGGGAAUAGAUGUAAAGAACAUGAAGUUCUAUGUUGCAUUUGAACAACUUUUUUUGCACAUAAAUGAACUUUAAUAAUAUUUUCAUUUAAUCUGAAUCUUAGUGAGGUUCAGUCUUUAGACUCUUAGGACGCUUGUGCCAUCUAAAGUAUAGAUUUGUGACUCAUUUCUUUUUUUUUUUUUAUCAGCAAAAACGUCUCUUAAAUGUGAAUUCCUUUUCAGCUAAGCAGUGUCCAAGGAAAGCCCAGGUCCUUAGAUUCUAUUGAAUACAGGCAAUGUUUUUCUUUAUGUAUAAUAAAGUGUCAGUUGAGUUUCUAGGUUUGUUUUUUGUUUUGUUUUAUUUUUCGAGACAGGGUUUCUCUGUGGCUUUGGAGCCUGUCCUGAA